GGAGAAUUAGAGCCAAGUGGCGAAACCCAACUCGUAACUCCUACUGCUACGGAAUCCUAGUUAGGAGGCACUUUCGAAUUUUCUGCACAGCUUUCGGGUGGUUUACCAGCUGAAUUAAGGUGUGAAGCUUCAAAACACAAAGGACUGACUUGGUUCCAGUCCAAGAAGUUACAUUUUAUUGAAAGAUAACUGAACAUACACAGAUGUUGGUCUUUAAAGCAAGAUCCAUUCGACAUAUAGAAGCUUAUACUCAAACGUGUAUAUCUAGUUGGUUUAUUACACUUUAUUCUUGUUACUCGGAUAUUCCUCUCAAGAAGUCUAAGCUUGCUCCUUUGCAGGAGAGAAGAAUGAUAGACAAGUUUAAGGUAUUUGCGAAAGCAGGUGAUGGAGGUCAUGGUUGCUCCAGCUUUCGCCGUAGCCGACAUGAUUGCCAGGGCAAACCUGAUGGUGGAAAUGGCGGGAGAGGUGGUGACGUGAUUCUGGAAUGCUCACCCAGAGUUUGGGACUUCAGUGGUUUGCAGCAUCACCUAAUAGCAGAGAAAGGAGGACGAGGAUCAUCGAAGAAUAAGAUAGGAACCAAGGGUGCUGAUAAGGUUGUCCAUGUACCAGUCGGCACUGUACUUCAUCUUGUUAGUGGAGAAAUUCCUUCUAUAUUCAAAACUCAAUCCUCAGCAGAUGAAGAUCCUUGGGAGAUUCCUGGUGCACUCGUUGAUGAUCUUCCUAACCCUGGCAAUGGUUCUGCCUCCAAUGUUAUUAGCGAAGAAGUCAAAGCAAUACAUCUUACUGGCUGCUCUUCAUCACAAGCUGCUGAAACAAAUGUUAAGAAAUCUGUAAAAUCAAGGCAAGUUGCAUCAACAAAUGUAUUUUCUCAACUUUCCACUUCUAAUGGAACUCCCAAUUUUGGUACAGAGGAUAUAGGAGAGCAAGAAGAGAUAUUAUACAAUGUUCUUGAAUUGACAGAAGAAGGUCAACAAAUUAUCAUUGCUUGUGGAGGAGAGGGUGGUCCAGGCAAUGUGUCUAUUUCCAAAGAUUAUUUAAGGAAGCCUAUGACUAUGAAGGCAGGGACCUGUAAACGCAUAUCUAAUCUUCAGGACUCUGACAGUUUUUACUCCUCCAUGAGUGCAGGUUUGCCUGGUUCUGAGACUGUUCUCAUAUUAGAACUCAAGAGCAUUGCUGAUGUGAGCUUUGUGGGCAUGCCUAAUGCUGGUAAAAGCACUUUACUUGGGGCCAUAUCAAGGGCUAAGCCUACCGUUGGUCACUAUGCGUUCACAACUCUUAGGCCAAAUUUGGGGAAUUUGAACUAUGACGAUUUCUCAAUAACCGUGGCUGAUAUUCCUGGACUUAUAAAGGGUGCACACCAAAAUCGUGGACUUGGACAUGCAUUUCUGCGCCACAUAGAACGCACGAAGGUUCUGGCUUAUGUGGUAGACUUGUCUGCUGCACUAGAUGGAAGGAAGGGAAUUCCACCCUGGGAACAGCUGCAUGACUUAAUUAUAGAGCUUGAGUACCAUCAGGAUGGUUUAUCCAAUCGGCCAUCCUUGAUAGUUGCAAAUAAGAUUGACGAGGAAGGUGCAAAUGAAGUGUAUAUAGAGUUAAAAAGAAGGGUCCGCGGUGUUCCCAUCUUUCCGGUGUGUGCUGUUUUGGGGGAAGGGAUACCAGCGCUUAAAGCCAGCCUUAGAAUGCUUGUCAAUGGUGAAAUGUCUGAUAGCCUUUGUCUAGAUCAAAUUUUGCUUGCUUAG